AUUUCAACACAUAGUAUAUUUAUUAAUCGUUUAUUAUAAUAAACUUUUAACUUUAGAGACAUAGUUAAAAUUCAGAAUUAAUACUAAUUAAUCAUUUUAUUGUAUACAUAUAUAGCAAAAAAAUGGAAUCGUGUUGCCCAAAUAAAUGCUCAUCAGCGCCAUCCAAGAUAAACUGCAACAUUCAACGAGUAUCUCCACCUUUGGAACUCGGAGAAGGCCCACACUGGCAUCAAUGUACUCAGAGCUUAUAUUUCGUGGACUUACACAAGAAGAAAAUUAAUAAAUAUCAUCCAGAAACCAGCUGUUAUACUACCGCUACCAUAGAUUGCUGCGAUCCUUUGACUUUCAUUAUCCCAGUUGAUAAUCAAAGUAAUACUUUCUUGGUUGGCCUAGGCCCUGCAAUAGGUAUAGUAAGAUGGAACGGGUGUUCGAAUACAGCAGAAUACAGGUACUUAAAAACGGUUGACAAAACUCCGGGCAACCGUCUAAACGACGCAAAAGCUGACGCCUCUGGUCGUCUGUGGGUAGGAUCUAUGGGACCUGAGAUAGACGAUAAUUCAGGUCAAUACCAUAAGUGUAGGGGUUCGCUGUACUCUGUGGAUUUCGACGGCACCGUCACUAAAAGACUACCGAAUAUUAGUAUCUCCAACGGUAUGGCGUGGAGUCCGGACAACAAAUUUUUCUACUACAUAGACACUUACAAGUACGCUGUCGAGGCGUAUAAUUUCGAUCUUGCCUCGGGAAAUAUCAGCAACGGAAAAGUGAUUUUUGAUUUUAGAUGCAAAAAUAUAACCGGUGAUCCAGAUGGUAUGACUAUCGAUACAGACGGUAACCUGUGGGUAGCAUGUUUUAACAGUAAUCACAUUAUAAAAAUUAAUCCUAACACAAGCUCAGUAUUGACGACCAUUGAAUUUCCCGCCUAUCAAAUCACAUCCGCUGCAUUUGGAGGUCCAAACUUGGAUCAGCUGUAUGUGACUACAGCAAGUUACAAAACAACUGAUGCGCAAAAGUCAAAACUACCGUAUUCCGGAACUCUGUUUCGAGUUCUCGGCACGUGCUCAACCGGUUUUAAUGGUGUACCUGUUAAAAUUAACUUGUGCGCAUUAAAUUAAAUUAAUUGUGCACAAUAUAAAUAUAAUAACAAAAUAAAUAUUUAUAACCUAACCUAAGUAUAAAA